AUGAAUUAUCUUUUCGCCGCCAUUUCGCUCGCUCUCACAGCUCGCGUUGCUGCCGACCGUACAUUCGUCGUCUACAACGGCUGUCCGUUCACUAUCUGGCCUGCUAUUUUUACCGGUUCAGGGACAUCGAUGCCGGAUUAUGCAACAGGUUGGGAGGCCGCCGCAUACACUCACGUUACGUUCUCCGUCCCGGAUGACUGGACCGCAGGCCGUAUCUGGGGCCGGCGCGACUGUGACUUUUCCGAUACAAACCCUGCAACACAAUGCGCAGAUGGCGGGUGUAACGGUGGACUCGAGUGCGAUACCGAUGGCGGAACGGGUAUUCCCCCCGCAACACUCGCAGAGUUCACGCUCGGGCAGAAUGGCGACCCCGAUUAUUUUGACGUCUCCCUCGUUGACGGAUACAAUUUACCCAUGAGUAUCACGAACAAUGUCGGCUGCGGCAUCGCGGACUGCCCUGUCGAUCUGGGCCCUGACUGUCCGGCUGCGUUGAUCGGCCCGUACGAUUCCAGUGGUUUCCCGGUGGGCUGCAAGUCUGCAUGCGAGGCAAAUCUGGAUGGUGACCCGACAAACUCCCCCAACUGUUGUACAGGCGAUUAUGACACGGCUGCGACAUGUCCGUCGUCUGGCGUGGAGUACUACUCCUACUUUAUGGUGUACGACAAUUUCACAGAGAGCAACUGUCCAAACUCAUACUGUUAUGCAUAUGACGAGAGCAGUGGCACUGCGCUCUGGACGUGCGAUUCUAGCCAAGCUGCGGACUACACAAUCACGUUCUGCCCAGACUCGGAAGAGGAUAUAGCCCUCUAA